AGCAAUGACAUGAAAAUGGAUCUUAUAUUAGAAUGAACGUCUGACUUCAGUUACAAAUCUUCUGACUCUCUGUUUAACAUGUACGACGAGGUUAAGAAUUACCUGAACAGUAGACAAAACGACUGUGGCGGAUCCACGAAAAAAUCACCUCCCGCGGGCGCGCAUCCUUCACCGUGGGCGUUCCUUCCGCCAACACCCAAGGAUAAUUUCAAUGAGGUUUAUCCUGGGAUUCUGUUAGGCAACUAUUACAUAGCAAAAAAUGUAGAGGAACUAAAAAGAAAGCGUGUAACCCACAUAGUAAACUGUGCUCAGGGGAACAAGUUUAAUCAGAUAAACACUGACGAGGAAUAUUUCUCCGGGACAGAUAUUAUGUUUCUGGGGAUUAAGGCCCUAGAUACCGCACGUUUUCCUAUCAAUCAGUUCUUCCACUCCGCUGCAGACUUCAUUGACGAAGCCCUCAAAGAAAAAGGAACGGUGUAUGUACAUUGUCAGAGUGGAAUGAGUCGUUCUGGGUCAAUAGUGCUGGCGUAUCUCAUGAUAAAGAAGGGGAUGACGGUAAUGGAUGCCGUCAAACAGGUGCGAGACAAAAGAGAAAUUUUCCCAAACGAUGGCUUCCUGAAACAACUUUGUGAACUUGAUGAAGAAUUACAGCAACAGCGAUGAGUUCCCAUUGCAUCGAGUGCGUUGAUUCUCAGAUGGCUGUUCAGCGUGUAAAUUUGAGGCGAUAGAAUUCUGCCUUGCAUAAACGCAUCGUUUGUGAGCCUUUGUCACGACAAUGAAGCUCACGUUUUCAAAACACAACUUGAACUUGUGAAACUGCAGUAGGACGUUAUCCUUACAAAAAAUGAAAUAAACAUCAACUAGUUUUGUACAAUAUUUAAUUCAUUGCACUAAAACAGUAAAACGCCAAAUUUUUCUUAUGAAGCAACAUCAACAACUGUAUCUUUAGUCGAGGACUGUUAGUAUUUAACUACUAGUAUUUUAACAUGUGUUGCAUGCAGUGACUCAUGAAAUUUACUGUAGACAAAUUAUGUCCCAAUUAAGACACAGAAUAUUAACAGAAAAUUGCAUACAGCCAGAUACAUAUACUUAAUAACAAACUUGAUGAUUAUUACCACAGUUAAACAAAUUUUUGAUUUAAGAAAUUGUAAUAAGUGAAAUGAUCAACUAAAACAUAUGUAAACAGAUACAUUAAAAUUAAAUCCUCGACUGAAAGA